UGCUCCAAAGUCCUUUUUGCCUAUAAAAUUGUAGAGAGACCAUUAGGUACCAUUUACAGCAGUUCCUAUUUCAUUUAGCUCUGCUUGUUUGGGGAAAAAAUUAUAUAGAAUUUAUGCUAUUGUGAGGAAUUGCAAAAGCUUGAAAAAUUCCAGGAAUGGAUGUCACAGUGGCUAAAACUUUCGGGCCAAUCACUCACUAUUCCUGCGGCCUUCCUUCUCUGCAAAAAAUCAGCUUACGUAAGAAGAAGAAGACCAGGUUUGCCGUUAAGGCUGAUAGUUCUCGGGAAUCGGGAGGUUCGAGCAUCGUGGAUGAGGGUAUGUUGGUGCUGAGAAAACGGAUACACCAGCUCAGAAUGGAGGAAAGAAAUUAUCUUCUUCCUCAAAACUGGACGGAAUGGGAGAAAAAAUGGUACCCAACUUAUUGUUCGGGUGUUUACUCUUCUCUGGGAUGGCUACAGAACAUGCUGAUCAAUACAAGACCCGGUUUUGCCGUAGCUUUUUUGGCUUUGAUCUCGUUGAGUGGCCCAGCUUCCGUUUUGAUUCUGCUUAUUCAGAGCCCCAUUCCUCUAAAGCAAUUAACUGUGGAGCUCAUCAGCUAUUUGCGUCGGUAGGAUCGGCUCGCAAUGUUUCUCCUGCAAUUGUUCUCUGGAAUUCCUCUGAAAUUAGUAAGCCCAAGAGAUCAAAUCCAAGAGAAUUCUGUGUUUCUUAACGGCUAAGUUUUGAAGAGCCACUGCUCUUGCUUGUACAUUACCAAAUGCUGUCAAAUUUUAUUAUUGUACAGGACGUGUAAUGUACUGUAUGGAUAGAUUUCUUGUAAUAAUGACAUAUGUCGAGAAUAUUUAAUAAUGUAUUCCAGAUUGGAGGAUUGGCCCCACA